UUGAAUGGUCAAGGUCUGUGGCAGUUGAUAUCCUCGCACGCAAGCUGUAACUUCGACUCUAUGCGGAGAGAAGCGGCAAAUCCUGACCCUGGCCUAUCCAGUCGAGAAGCAGAAUUGUAGCCUGGUUAAUCGCUUCCUUUCUCCAGAUUUCCUUUACUUCUGCUCCAGUCUUCACUUGUGUCUGAUCCCCAUCCACUCCCUUUCUCCUGAAGUGAGAGCUCGGAGACCAUGUCUGCAGAACUCUUCUCAUUCACGAGAGAGCCAGGAAGCCCUGGCUCAGGACCUAGUUUUAGAUCCAAUCAGAGGAAGAUAUUAAACCUGCUCCUGGAGAGAGACACUUCCUUUACCGUCUGUCCAGAUCUCCCUAGAACGCCAGUGGACAAACUCUUUGGUGAUUCUGGACACCUAAGCAUUUUGUCUGGAGGAACCCCAAAAUGUUGCCUUGAUCUUUCGAAUCUUAGCAGUGGAGAGAUGUCUGCCACUCAGCUUACCACUUCUGCAGACCAUGAUGAAACUGGUAGGGAGAAGGGAGGUCACUUGAAUUCUUCAGGACCUCAGGGGAUACAAUUAUCUGCGAUGAAUCAUCACCAGAACGUUAUAAAAUGCAGCCCAGCACAGCUGCUUUGUAGCACUCCAAAUGCCUUGGACCACAGCAAGAAGAAGAAAGAUGUGAUAUGUAGCUCAUCCACAAAUAAGGAAAAUGAAAACAACACUUCGAGGCUUUUAGAGUGGUGGGCACCCAGGAACCUGAAGUUUCGAAAGAGACCAGAGGGGCCUUAUAUGUCUCCGCUUUCUCUACUGGACAAUGGAAACUUGGUGGAAAAUGAAAUGAAAUAUCUGGGCAGCCCCAUUACUAGAGUUCCAAAACUGGAUAAAAAUCCAGAACUAGAAGACCAGACAGAGGAGUUUUCAGAUGAAUUGAUGGAGUUUUCCCUGGAUGAUCAAGAAGAGGCCAAGGCAUCUCUGAACAGAAGCAGGCUGUAUCGCUCUCCUUCAUUGCCAGAGAAUUUGAACAGGCCAAUACUGAAGCAGGUGGUAAAAUUCAAGGACAACCCAAUACCAGAUAAAGUAAAGAAGAAGUAUUGUUCUAGCCACAGAGAGCUCAGGAAGGGCUUAGGUCUAAAGAAGACAGUCUCUCUCUGUGACGUUAAUAUCACUCACAUGUUGGAGGAAGAUUCUAACCAGGGGCAUCUGAUUGGUGAUUUCUCCAAGGUAUGUGUGCUGCCAACCGUGUCAGGGAGACACCAAGAUCUGAAGUACGUCAACCCAGAAACAGUGGCUGCCUUGCUGUCGGGGAAGUUCCAGGGUCUGAUUGAGAAGUUUUAUAUCAUUGAUUGCCGCUAUCCAUAUGAGUACCUGGGAGGACACAUCCAGGGAGCCUUAAACUUGUACAGUCAGGAAGAACUGUAUAACUUCUUUCUGAAGAAGCCCGUUGUCCCUUUGGACACCCAGAAAAGAAUAAUCAUCGUGUUCCACUGUGAAUUCUCCUCAGAGAGGGGUCCCCGAAUGUGCCGCUCUCUGAGAGAAGAGGACAGGGCUCUGAACCGGUAUCCUGCAUUGUACUACCCAGAGCUAUAUAUCCUCAAAGGGGGCUACAGAGAUUUCUUUCCAGAAUAUAUGGAGCUAUGUGAACCACAGAGCUACUGCCCUAUGCAUCACCAGGACCAUAAGGCUGAGCUGCUGAGGUGUCGGAGCCAGAACAAAGCAUGGGAAGGGGAGCGGCAGCUGCAGGAGCAGAUUGCCUUGCUGGUGAAAGACGUGAGCCCAUGAUAACGGGUCAGCCCCUGGCUGCCUGGGAGUCGUCAAAAGACACUGUAGAAACUCUGAGCAGAAAGAGGCUAUCUUCUAUGUAUUAACCCAAGAUUGUUAAAAGAUGUCUGCAAAUCAACAGGCUGCCAAACUAAUGGAAUCCCAGGCCUGGCGAUUGGUUAGGUUUCAGUAAAGCUGCUGGCUUGUGGUUAAGUCCUGGAGCUGGCUCUAUAAGGCUGUAGCCUUGGGUUGCAUACAUAUUUGUGUUGCUUCAGGAAGCAGUUGCAUUCUCUUCCCAACUACUCAUAUCUUCUCACAAGCCAGCCAGCUCUUUCUCUCCCUGUGCUUCUGGCUAUGCAAGAGAGUUGUCCAUCUUUGUAUUUUCCUUCUUUGUUUCCCUUUCUCUCUUUUUCUUAAAUGGGAAAAUAAACAUUGCAGAAUGAGGGAUGUGAUUGUGAGCCCAGUCUGCCCCUAGAAGAUCUGUAUAAGGUCAGUCUCCUUCAGACAUAAAGGUGUAACCAUCUCUGUUCAGAGCUGAGGCCAUGAUGCUUUUCUCUAGACCAGUGGUUCUCAAAGUUUGGGCCCUGGACCAUCAGCAUCAUCUGAACUUGUUUGAAAUGCAAAUUUUUGAGCCCCACCCCAGACCUACUAAAUAAGAACCUCUGAGGUUAGGGCCUAGAAAUUUGGGGUUUAGUAAUCUCCCUUUCAGGUGAUUCUGAUGCACACCAAUGCUUGAGAACCACUGCUCUGGAGUUAAGGAAAACCUUUUAACCUGCAUUUUUCAGCAAUAUUUCAGGCUUUCCUUUCCUAGAUCAUUCCGUGGUAUGAGUUAGCUGAAAGUGUGCCCCAGACUCAGCACUCUGGUAUCUAGGCUCAGAAAACCACAAUGAUUGACAUUCUCUAAGGCGGCUGAUAGGUCUGAGUUGAGAUCAGAAGGUUCCUUAUCUACAGUCUCAAUGGGAUUUUAACUUUUCCCAUUUCCCAGACUCUUCCCCACUCCAUUUCACAUCUCACAAAGACAAGUUUAGGAUUUAGGAUGCUUGGAAGUAGAGAUUUGUGCUAUGUGAAGACAGGAAUCAAAGAAUAUAAAAGUACCAAGCAAGAUCAGUUGGACUUAAGGGAGACUUUGUGAACUGCAGUCUUCAACAAUAGCUCAGGGUUUCCUUUCUUAGAGCUCUUUAAGGCGAGUAGGCUCUGUCAGCAUAGUAAGAUACAGCCAUACUUGGUCUAGGUGGCAGUGGAAUUGAUUGAACAUUGUCAUUCUCUGGUAUUAUCCUAGUAGUAGUCAUAGCACAGGACCAGAAAAGGACCAAGGGCUCUGAAGCCCAGACUGAGAUAGAAUAGAGACAAAAAUGACAUCUUGCUGGGUUCUGGAGCAGAGAGAAUUUUUACAAGUGAGCAGGAGGGAAGGAGGGCAGUAGCUGCUCUGAUUUUGCACGGUUUGCAAGUGCUCUGCUCCUGGAGUGCCACAUGCAUGCUUCACAGCAGAGGGCACUGCUGUAUUCUCUAAGCCAGCCACUGAAGCCUACCGCCUCCGGUCAUAGCUCUCCUAGCUCAUGCCUGUCUGUCCAGAGGGAAGCUACCUCUCUGGCCUUCUCCCUGAGCCCUUGAGCUCAGAGCUCAGAAGGGCUGGGGGCAAAAGGGAGAGAAAAGCUGCUGCUACACUAGGUGGGGAUGGCCAAGGGAAAGAUGCUGCUCCUCUGUCCCAGCGCCCCCCCCCCCCCACACACACACUGCCCGACCCCCAAGAAGGAACUCUAGUUAGUGUGAGGAGGAAACUGCUUGAAGCACCUCCACUUCCAAGUGUGAGGAGGGCUCCCCGACUUACUGCCUUCCCUAUUGGGUCAUUUCCUGAUAAUUUUCCCCAGAAAGGUAGAACCAAGGACCCAGCUGGGAAGAGAUUGGUGCACAUGUGUUCACAUUUCAAUUAUCUCAGUUAAGUGGAAAUUCUGAGUUACAAAACAAAAAACUAGAACUUACUUAGUUAUCUACUUUGUGAAAAGUUGUAUUUGCCUAAAGGGCAACAUUUUCCCAUAUGAUUUCUUUUAAUGUUCUCCAACUAUAUAGGUACCGUGUGAUUUGAUUCAUGUUAUUUUAAGGAACAAUACCAACAGUAGCUAACACUUUUCAGCUGCUUACUGCAUACAAAACUUUUUAUGAACUCAUUUUAUAUAUAUAAACUAAUUUUUACAACAAUCCUAUGAGGCAGGUAGUCAUUUUUAUGCAUGUUUUACAGAUAAAGAAAUUGAGGAACAGAGGGAUUAAGUGACUUGUUUAAGAUCACACAGCUAAUGAAUGGUGGAAUUGGAUUUUUACCCAGGCAGUAUGGCUCCUUAAUGAAUUUUGUUGUUACCAAAUCCUCAUCAAUGAACAAUGUGUCUUCCUAAGUUAGCACUGUAUUAGGUGUUAAAUAUGUAAGAGCCUCAAUUGUAGGUUCUUGAGAAAUCCAGGUCAUAGGGUUGCUUGGGUUUGGGAAAUGAGGCUGAGGGCAGACACUAAGACCCUAGCUCAGAACCUCGGCACAAGGCCGUCUUAGGGGGUUAGCUCUGCACCGGUGUCCUUGCUCUGACUGGUAUUUGUCCAUCAUGAAGUCAAGUAAUAAAGAAUGGAAAUCUUUUGGACUGAAAA